CUUUAGAGAGUACCGUUUUAACGAGUGGGUGGACAAAGUGGGGGCAGAAACAUAUCUGAAGUGGGUGUAUUGUAGAUGGGUAAAGAUUAAGGAACUUGAUGAAAAAUGGGCCGCCUUGAGAGACUUACUAGAGCAGAUGAUGCAGCUUUUUGUGCCUGGAAGGAAGGUUUUUGAGUGAUGAUGCUACGCCGCUCAUCGAGACUGCUGUCUCGAGUUGUUCGCGACAUCAGACCGUGCACUCGGGCUGAGUUGCUCCAGAUAAGGCACUUCAGCAGCGAGCACUUUGAGCUGCAACAUGAUGCCCCUGGCAAGUGCUUCUUUGUUUCCCUAGGAGAAGAUAGGGCUGUUGUGGAGUAUCAGAAGUUAAGCUCGGAUACAUUGGACCUUGUACACACUGAAGUGCCAGAAAUUUUCAAGGGACGAGGCGUGGGAAAAGUUUUAGCAAAGGGAGUCUUUGAUUACGUGGUGGAAAAUAACAUGAAAAUGAAGUUAACAUGUGAAUUCUUGCUGAAUUGUUACGAGAAGAAUCCUCUGCCAGAGUACAAAGCCUGCCUUUUGUAAACAUUUUCGUCAGGUUGCCAGUUCUCGCCGAGCAUGGACGAGCGUGACUUGAAGGCACUGGCGAGCUACCACUGCCGUGCCAAGCACUACCACGCCAUGCAGACGGUGGCUCUGGAAGGCGCGCACAGGUUCCCGGACGAUGCUGUGUUCCGCCUGCUGAGUGGCGUGGCUCUGGUGCUGAACCACCGCGGUCAGGAGGCCGUGCGCGAGUUGGCCGCGCUCCGCCCGGAGCAGGGCGUGUCGCUGGCCGCCGCGCUCGCCCUGACGGCCGCGCACCGCCGCGCUCCCGCCGUCGACAGGGAGGCCCUGGCGGCGCUUGACACCCGUGUCAAGGAGGAGCGCAAGCACGCCGGGGAGGCGGCCCUCAGCUGCGCUGCGCUCGUCCUUCACCUGCUGGGCAGAGCUGACAAGGCCAGAGAGUACGUGGAUCGCGCCCUCAAGGCCGACCACGACUUCCCGGAUGGAUUGUGCAUCAAAGGCUGGAUAGAGCUCGCUUCUGGUAAAGAUGGCUUGAAGUAUUUUGAAUCCGCAUUGGAAAAUUCUGUGAACAAGAAGAACAUGGAUGCAGUAUUCGGGAAAGCAAGCUGCUUGACAGCAGCUAAAAAGUUUGAAGCGGCUGUUGCUGUGUUGAAUCAGUUGGUGGUGCGCUACUCAUCUUUUUCACCUCCCCUCGUAGAGAAAAUGAAGAACCAGUUAGGAAUGUUGGAUAUUGAGCAGGCUUUGGAAACUGCAAACAGGAUCUUAUCAGGUGAUCCACAUUGCCUGGAAGCUAUGAAACUGAAAGUAUUGAUAGUCAUUUGCAGAGAUGGUAAUUAUGAGGAAGGAGCUCUGGCUCUGAGACGUUUCUGUGGCGAGAUGGAGAAUGUAGAGCCGAGGAACUCAGAUUUGUUUAUCGAAACUGCAAGGUUGUUCUCGCGGGUGUGCGGGCGAAACCCGGCAGUGUUGACUGAGACGUAUCGCCUGGCGGAGAAAGCCGCUCAGUUGGACCCUAACAGUCCUGAACUGAUGACUGAACUCGGCUACCAGUGCCUGCUCCAGGGGAGGCUCAAGGAGGCAUCGAAGUUCUACCGAAAUGCAUCCAAAAUAGAUGACUCGUCAGUUGUUUCACUUUCAGGACUCACAAUGUGCCAGCUCAUCGAAGGAAACACCGAACAAGCCAGGCAGCAGGUGGAGUUUCUGCGGGAGGUGCAAGGUUCGUCGCCUUCCCCGGAACUCCUCCUCAUGUCAGCCCAGUUAGAUCCGGCCAGUGCAGUGAAAUAUUUGAAUGAUGCCGUUGACAUUCACUUCAGCAAAAGUUUUGGUGGUCUAUCAUUUGGUUGCGAGUAUUUGUUGCAACUUAAUCCUGACUUUCUAUUGCAAGUAGUGAAAGAAUAUUUGCUGUACGUCCCGGUGCAAAUGGAUGUCCUCUCCGUACAGGACGUACCUGAGUCGUUGGAGAAAACCAAGUUUAUCUUGGAAACCGUAACGAAGGCUUGCCCUGGUCUGCUGGAAGCACUGCAUCAGCUUGCAAAAGUUCAGUUUCUCAGUGGCGACAUCAAGUCCGCAGCCGCCACCCUCCAGCACAUAUUGGACGAUGUGGAUGCCACUUUUUCCGAUGCUCAUCUGCUGAUGGCUCAGAUACAUAGUAGGCAGGAUAAUUUUCAGGGUGCCGCACAGAGCUUGGAAGUGGGGCUGAGCUACAACUUCAAGAUCCGCGACCACCCCUUGUACCAUCUCAUCACGGCACAGAUCCACAGGCACGAAGGGAAACUGGAUGAGUGCUUGCGCAGCCUCAAGACGGCAAUGAGUCUCUCCAAGCGCUCGGAGCCGGGACUCGCGCUGGCAGACAAAGCCACCAUGUACUUGGAGCUGGUGGAAGCGUACAAAGCCUGCGACCGGUCGUCCGAGGCGACCGCCGUGAUGCAGGAUGCCAUCGAGGAGUUCCAGGGCACGUCGGAGGAGGGGAGGAUCACCAUCGCCAACGGGAACCUGGCGCUGCACCGGGGCGAUGUGGCUCUGAGCCUGGAGCUGCUGGGAAGCGUGACGCCGAGCCAGCCGCACUACCAGCAGGCUCGGUGCAGGAUGGCAGACAUCCACCUGAACCACCGCAGGGACAGGCGCGCGUACGUGGAGACGUUCCGGGAGCUGAUGGACACUGCGCCCGGGCCCCGCAGCCUGGCCAUGCUGGGGGAUGCCUACAUGUCCGUGCAGGAGCCCGAGAGGGCCAUAGAUGCCUACGAGAAGGCCCUGAAGCAAAGCACGCGCGAUGUGAACCUUGCCCGCAAGAUCGGGCGAGCCCUGGUGCAGACUCACCAGUACGGCAAGGCCAUCAGCUACUACAGGGAGGCGGUCAAAGGUGACGGAAGCAACGAGCUGAGGCUGGACAUGGCAGAGCUAUACAUGCGGUUGAGACAGUAUGACAAAGCAGAACAUGCCCUCAAACAAGAGCUGGAUGCUAGCACUAAGAGUAUAGAACUGUCUGCAUUGAUUACUCGCACUAAAGUGCUACUGAUGCUGGCGGAAGUGAGGGAGAAAGCGGGCAACAUCAAGGCCUCGCUGGAAACCCUGAAGGAGGCCUCAGACAACCAAGGUCGCGUGUUGAAGAGGUCAGGCGCAGGAGAGGACCAGAAGAAAGUUGCAACCCACAUCUGUCAGCAGAUGGCGGAGCGAGCGGCAGCCCUGAGAGACCACGACUUGGCUAUACGCUACUACAAAGAGGCGCUCAGCUUCAUGCCUGAGAAUCCCGAUACGUUGGUUGCCUUAGCUCGUCUGUUUAUGCAGGUUAACGACUUGGAAAACUGUCAAGCGACGUGCAUGACCCUUCUGAAAGCAGAUGCGAACAACGAAGCGGCAACCGUCAUGCUGGCGGACUUGGCGUUCCGCAAAGUAGACUUUGAGACGGCGAAGGUGCACUUCCAGCAGUUGCUGUCUCGCCAGCCCAACUACUGGACGGCGCUGGCAAGGAUGGUGGAGGUGUUGAGACGCACCGGGAAGCUCGAGGAAGUCCCGGAGUACCUGGAGAAGGCGAGCGCGGCCUGCGCGCGGCCGGCCCAGGAGGCGGGCCUCAGCUACUGCCGCGGCCUGAACCACUGGUACUGCGGCAACCUCAACCAGGCCCUGCGGGAGUUCAACGGCGCCCGGCGGGACGCCGAGUGGGGGCAGCAGGCUGUGUACAACAUGAUCGAGAUAUGCUUGAAUCCCGACGACGACGUGCUGGGGGACAGCGCGGCGUCGGAGGAUGACGAGGAGUUCCACGGCUCGAGAGAGAUGGCGCUGCGGACGGCUGAGCGCCUGCUGAGCGAGCUGAAGCCCGGAGGGGGGAGAGACGAGAUGCUGAACCACCGGCUCCUGAGCAACUUCCUGCUGCUGGCGGCAAGGCAGAAGUCCACCAUAGAGAGGGCGCUGCAGGAUCUGACUUCCAUGGCGAGCCAGGAUGCUUACAGGGACCACGUGGGGGUGGCACUGGGCCUGGCCACCGGCUACAUGCUGCUGAAGCAGACGCCGCGCGCCAGGAACCAGCUGAAGCGCGUCGCGAGGAGCGCGUGGAGCUUCGAGGACGCGGAACGCCUGGAGCGCUGCUGGCUGAUGCUGGCCGACGUGUACUUGCAAGGGGGCAAGCCGGACCUGGCCGGGGAGCUGCUGCAGCGAGUCCUGCAGCACAACCAGGGCUGCGCCCGCGCCCACGAGCGCUCCGGCCUCGUGGCCGAGAAGGAGCAGGCGCACCGCGAGGCCGCCGCCCACUACGAGCGCGCCUGGCGCUUCGGGGGCCGCGCCGACCCCGCCGUCGGCUACAAGCUCGCCUUCAACCACAUGAAGGCCAAGCGCUACGCCGACGCCAUCGACGUCUGCCAGCAGGUGCUCAAGUUGCAUCCGGACUACCCGCGCAUCCGCAAGGACGUACUGGACAAGUCCAGGAACAACCUGAGAACCUAACUGCGACGGGACCGCCAAACUCGGGGCCGUAGCCAGAAUUUUGUGGAGAAGAUGCAAUGACUUGGAACUUGUAGGUCUUUGCAAAGCUUUGAAAAUUUCUUGAAACAAAUUGCGUACCAUUAUCGCACGUUACUAUUCUUGGUGUGGCGAAAUGCGUGAAAAUUUAUUUUUAUCCAAUUAUGACUGCCACGUCCCUCAAACGAGACAAAGGGGUAUAUUUCAAAAUAGUUGAGUAAUAGUUCUUGACAAUUAGUUACCCCGCAUCACAUUUAAACAGAUAGACUGCGAUGACUUGCCAUGGGUGAGAUGGCCUUUUUGCUUGGAUAAAUGGUUGUCUGGAAUGUUGUCUCUCCUACACACAAAUUGGUCAGUUCCAAGUUUUCCAGUUGUGAGGGUAAUCCAAACCAUCAUACUGACAUUUUUGCUCUUUCUCUAGAUCUCACUGUGCCCAGGUGACCUGCAUGAAUACAUUCCAAGACAGUGGAGUUGAAGUGAUGCUGGGAUGACCAAUCUGGUAUAUUUGAGCAAGAAAGAGUCUGCAUAGGUCAUGUUGUUUGUAUAUUGCCAAUAAGGGAUCAUAUACUGUGUGACCUCACUUUUCUCUGGCCAACCUUGCACGCAAUAGGACUGCAGUUGUUUGCAAGCCUUGUCUUUCCUUUAUUCUGCCUGAAUAGUAAACAAGAACUGAUCACUUAUGGGAUCACUAGAUUUUUUCCUGAUCACUGAUAUGUCACCAAUAACUAUCAAAAAUUCAAAUUCAAAAUCGUGACUUGUAGGCAUAAACACACAUCACUAUUGCAACAGACAACUAUCAAUCACUUAUCACACUACUGUCCAUAUGACUGAAGUUAAUUCACAUGGUUGAAGUGCUGAUAUAAUUAAAAAAAAAAAAAAAAAAAAAAAAAAUUGUAAAGGA